GACCAUUCAAACACUCGUACUUUGCACCCCACAUAGACCUGUUUCAUACACGCCAUGAUCCGAUCCACAGCUCUCCGUUCCCUUCCUUCUUGUUCGGCUGCACGACCAGUGGCGAGUGUUGCUCCUCUCGCCGUGAGAUCUUUCAAUGCUAGUCAGAGCAGAGGUUUCGCCCAACCUGCAGAGAGACCUGCUCAGCUGAAGGAGUUCAAGAUAUAUCGUUGGAAUCCAGACACACCAGCCGAGAAACCUACCUUGCAGAGUUACAAAGUCGAUCUAUCACAAUGUGGUCCGAUGAUGCUAGAUGCUUUGAUAAAAAUAAAAAAUGAGGUCGAUCCAACCCUCACCUUCCGACGUUCAUGCCGAGAAGGUAUAUGUGGAUCAUGCGCUAUGAACAUUGACGGUGUCAACACUCUUGCUUGUUUGUGUAGGAUUGACAAGGAUACGAGUAAGACAUCGAAAGUGUACCCAUUGCCUCAUAUGUACGUCGUAAAAGAUCUCGUCCCAGAUCUCACACUUUUCUACAAACAAUACAAAUCCAUCGAGCCCUUCUUAAAGAAUGACAACCCCCCCGCACAAGGGGAAUUCCUUCAAUCACCUGAAGAAAGGAAGAAAUUAGAUGGGAUGUACGAGUGUAUCUUAUGUGCCUGUUGCUCAACUUCGUGUCCUUCGUACUGGUGGAACCAGGACCAGUAUUUAGGACCGGCAGUGUUGAUGCAGGCAUACAGGUGGAUGGCGGAUUCCAGAGACUCAUACGGCGCAGACAGAAAAGAGAAGAUGCAAAACUCCAUGUCUUUGUACCGCUGCCAUACCAUCUUCAACUGCGCUCGAACAUGCCCUAAGGGACUCAACCCAGCGAUGGCGAUUGCCAAAAUGAAGCUCGAGAUGGCUACUGAGUCGGCUUAAUGCGUUUAUGAGGGCUCUGACGUGUCGGAUGUAUGGCAGGUGUCUCUUUGACUAGGCAGUGCGUGUAUGCAUAUCACGGUAUAGG